AAGAUGCUGGUUGUCUUGGGACUGCUCACCUCCUUCCUUUCUUUCCUGUAUGUGACAGCUCCAUCCAUCAGGAAGUUCUUCGCUGGCGGGGUUUGUAGAACAGAUGUGCAGCUUUCUGGGAAGGUGGUGGUGAUCACUGGAGCCAACACAGGCAUCGGCAAGGAGACGGCCAGAGAGCUUGCUCGCAGAGGAGCCCGAGUAUACAUUGCCUGUCGAGAUGUACUGAAGGGGGAGUCUGCUGCCAGUGAAAUCCGAGCUGAUACAAAGAACUCCCAGGUGCUGGUACGGAAACUGGACCUAUCUGAUACCAAAUCCAUCCGAGCCUUUGCUGAGGGCUUCCUGGCAGAGGAAAAGCAGCUUCAUAUUCUGAUCAACAAUGCAGGAGUGAUGCUGUGCCCGUAUUCCAAAACAGCUGAUGGUUUUGAAACCCACUUGGCAGUCAACCACCUGGGUCACUUCCUUCUCACCCACUUGCUCCUGGGGCGGCUGAAGGAGUCCGCCCCUGCACGGGUGGUGACCCUGUCGUCAGUGGCCCACCAUGCUGGCAAGAUUCGCUUCCACGAUCUCCAGGGUGAGAAGUACUACAACCGGAGUUUCGCUUAUUGCCACAGCAAGCUGGCCAAUGUGCUCUUCACUCGCGAGCUGGCCAAGAGGCUCAAAGGCACAGGAGUCACCACCUACGCGGUGCACCCAGGCAUCGUCCGCUCCGAGUUGGUCCGACACUCCUUCCUGCUGUGCCUGCUUUGGCGGCUCUUCUCCCCCUUCCUCAAGACGACGUGGGAGGGGGCGCAGACCAGCCUACACUGCGCGCUGGCUGAGGGCCUGGAGCCUCUGAGCGGCAAGUACUUCAGUGACUGCAAGAAGACCUGGGUGUCGCCCAGGGCCCGGAAUAACAAAACGGCUGAGCGCCUGUGGAACGUCAGCUGUGAGCUUCUGGGAAUCCAGUGGGAGUAG